UCGGGUCGACUAGCUCGAGUUGUCGCUAACAAACAAAUACACACACGCACACACACACACACACACACACGUAGACAGCAUGUGGUCCAAGAUUGCCAUUGUCGGUGCCCUGACCAUGAUGGGCGGUGUCCUCUACUCGAGCGUUGUGGACAACUUUGCGUAUGUGGAUCGAUCCCUGGACGUGGCCAUGCCCAGGGCGCGGCGUCAUGUGGAGCAGCCGUCGGAGUGAGCGGCGCAUGGAGUUGGAGAUGGCUACGAGGGGAAUGGGUUGGGGACGAUGGAAGUAAAGUGAAGUGAAGUGAAGUGAAGUGGAGUGGAGUGGAGUGAAGUGAAGUGCUUGGCCAGUGGAUUCGCUUGCAACUAGUUCACUCCGUGUUGUUGUCGCAACCAAAUGAACUAGUUCAUUAAGACCUCCAACAGCAGCAGAGCUGCCAUCUACUCUCCGCUUGUGUUUGUACAGUCCAUAUGCAUGAACCACAAGCGCGAACCAGCAGCAAAUGAACCAGUUCUUCACAGUGCCAAGAUGAACAAUAGUCAAAACAUCAAGCAAAGCAGUUCGAGCUUUAAAUUACUAUAUAAACUUUAAGUCAACCACAUUUU